AUGGCUCCUAUCUCUGGCCACCUGUCCUUUUCUACAAUAUAUAGACCACGAGCCCGGGCAGCGCCUGAGGGCAGGGCAAGGGGCUGCCCUUGCUCCGUGCCCGGCACCUUGAUCCUGCUGCUCAUAUACCUGGCUUACUUGGCGCUGGGCACCGGUGUGUUCUGGAUGCUGGAGGGCUCCCUGGCGUGGAACUCCAGCCGCAGUUUCCAGCGCGACAAGUGGGCCUUGCUACGGAACUUCACGUGUCUGGAUGGCCCGGCGCUGGACUCGAUGAUCCGGGGCAUCGUUCAAGCAUACAAAAGUGGGUCUCUUGUCCUCGGCAACACCACCAGCAUGGAGCGCUGGGAGCUUGUAGGCUCCUUUUUCUUUUCUGUGUCUACCAUCACCACCAUAGGCUAUGGCAAUCUGAGUCCCCACACGCUGGCCGCCCGACUCUUCUGCAUCUUCUUUGCUCUGGUGGGGAUUCCGCUCAACCUCGUGGUCCUCAACCGCUUGGGCCACCUCAUGCUUCGGGGAAUGCACCGCUGUGCCCAUAGGCUCGGGGGCACCUUACAGGACCCAACCAAGGCCCGCUGUCUGGCAGGCUGUGGCGCCUUCCUCUCCGGCCUCCUGCUUUUCCUGCUGCUUCCCCCACUGCUCUUCUCCCACAUGGAAGGCUGGAACUACAUGGAGGGCUUCUACUUCGCCUUCAUCACCCUCAGCACUGUGGGCUUCGGAGACUACAUGAUUGGGAUGAACCCUGACCAGACGUAUCCAGUGUGGUACAGGAACAUGGUGUCCCUGUGGAUCCUCUUUGGGAUGGCGUGGCUGGCCUUGAUCAUCCAACUAAUUCUCUCCCUGAUGGAGACACCAGGGAAGGCGUGUUCCUGCUACUACGAGGGGUCUGAGGAGGAUCUCAAGCCCUCAAGCUGGAGGCAAGGUCCAGAUGGGGAGCCAGAUCCCCACACCCCACCACCACCAGGCUGCCAUGAAGAGGAGCCUGCAGAAAUCAUCCAGCAUCCAGAACCCUCUGUUCAGGUUCUGCGCUGUGGCAAGGACACCUAG